GAAGUGGCUCAUUAUUAAUGGGAAAUUUGCGGAAAAUCAAUUAAUUAUUGAACAGAUUAGCGAAUACCAGUCUUUUAAAGACGGUCAGUUAGCUGAAGCAGCUGCCAUUAUGGAUAAAGUUAACUCUGUUCAAAUGAUUGGCAAAGAAGACAAAGUUGAUGAAUUGAACAAAAGAUGGACUGCAAUCCAGGAACAACUUAAUAACAGAUUAGUUAAGUUACAGUCGAUAUCAGAGACAGUGAGCGAGUUUGACUCUCUAAAGGAGCCACUCGAGACCUGGGUACUAGCUAAACAAGAAGUGAUCUCCUCCCUCCCUCUCCUCGAUACUGACCUUGAAGAGCUAGAGGGACAGCGUCACCAGCUGGAGGCACUACUUGAUGAUAUACAGUCUCAUAAGGACCAGGUGGACAAGAUAGACAAACUCUCCGACCAGUUCUCCCAGGAUAGAGAGCCUGUGCAAGCAGCUGCUGAUAGAUUCACUAGAAGACUAAAGAGAUUGAGUUCACAGUUCUCCAUAACAACAUCAAGCGAACUGAGAGAAUCCUCAGAAGGAGCUAUGGAUAUGAGUCUUUAUGAACAAUCAGGAAUACUAAAGGACCAGUGGGAGAGAUAUAAGACUCAAGUUGAAGUCCUCGUUCAGCAGGCUACUGAUCUUUACGACAGGCUCUUAAAGUUUGAGGAACUUCACAAAACCUUCAGGUCCCUCAUUGAAGAGGGAGAACAACUUCUAGAGUCUGAGAAACCGGUCGGUAACACAGCAGAGAGGAUAGCCCAACAGACCAAUACCUGCCAGGUGUUUCGUCAGCGACUGUCAGAUGCUCAGCCUGAGGUAGAUGCAAUGCUGUCUCUUGGUCGGUCGAUACUUGGAGAGCAUUACACCAAUCCUCACAAUGACUCACUCUCUCAGACUCUGACCCAGUUCAUCCAGGACUGGUCUAACCUGCUUAUGGCCUGGCAGAACUGGUUUGACGAGUUACACGCGACCGGUGAGCAGUCUCAGAACCUGUCUGACCAGUUUCAGCAGUUGAAGCAGACCCUCGGGGCAGUGGUACCGGAAUAUGCUGACCUGUUCCCAGCUCACGUCACCAUGGAAACACUAGUGACUGAUCUGAAGGAAUUGCAGGAGUCCUUUACUAGCAGUGUUUAUGAGCCAAUAAUGUCAAACAGAGCCAUUGUGGUAUCUCUAUCUAAAAACACUCACCUCCUGAGCAACAAGGAGGAGGUGGACCAGGUCCUCAGAGAAUACAAUGAACUCACUGAUAAAAUUCAGUCACAGCAUUCUGAACUCUCUGAUCUCAUUGAUAAUGUUAACGGCUGGUGGGCGGAGUUUGAGUCGACUCGUAGCAAAGUAUCUGAAAUGAGGGAGGGACUGGCAGAGCAGCUACCCCUGGGAGGGAGUUCCUCUUAUAUCACUAAACAGGACGAGGAAAUACGAGAUAUAUUCUUGCAAGUUGAGGAGAGGAAGCCACGAGUACAGAGAUGUAUUCGUAAUCUAUCAUCAGUUUCUGACCACACCUCUUUGAUAGAGCCACGUCCACUAAUAGUGUGUAGGGAGGAGUUCCAAGAGGAAUGGAAAGAACUUUACGAACAAGUAGAGAAAAGACGUGAUCUGGUUGAAGUUGGUCGUGUUCGUCUGUCAGUUUAUGUCGAGUGUAGGGACCCUUUUCAAUCCUGGCUUGAUGAGGCAGAGAAGAAACUGUCGCUAUGGAAACGAGUGGACAUAGGAGGGAAGGAGUACCUAGUGGAACAGACGGAGAGUUUGAAAGGUUUCAGAACCGACGUAGAACUCCACUCCCACGACCUUCAGUCCUGCACCACACUAGGGGAUAAAUACCUGGACACUGCUAAGGAUCAUCAGCGAUUGCUGUUAUCGUACAAGCUGAAGCUCCACCCAGCUCACACCCAGUCUAGUCUGUUUCCUGAGGGUUUCUACGACUGGGAGGAGGGGGAGGGGCUAAAGACAGUGACAUCAUCGGUCAACCUAUUGAAGAGCGAUGAGUAUCACAACGGACUCAUAGUCAUAAGAUCAGACAUUGCAGCUGCUACCAAGAGAUACAAUAGAUUGAAAAAUAGAACCUUCAGGAGGGCCCAGAGGUAUGAAGAAGCUAGAGAGAAGAGACUCGCUUGUGAAGAAGCACUGGAAGCCAUUGUACCGAAACUAAAUGGGGCGGAGUCACUAGUGACCCGUAUUAAAGAGGGAGGGGGCAUCGGGAGGAAGAGCAUGAGGAGUUUAAAGGAACAGCUGGAGAUGAUGGAGAAUCUAGAGUCUGAGUUCUCAGAAUUACGUUAUUUAAUGGAUCCACUCCACAUGUCAGUAGCAGCAUGGAGCGUACGGGAACCAACAGAUUCAGAGGAGGAGGAAGGAGGCGGGGCCGGAGGAGAGGAAGGGGGCGGGACUGGAGGAGAUGAGGACCAGUGCGUCAAAGAGAAGGAUAUUGUACAGGAACGAUAUGAACAGGUACAAGAAAACCUGAGACUACUGAGGGAGGAGCUAGAAUCAUCUCUUGCUGAAGCCCAGGCCUUCCAGUCAGCCUAUUCUUCAUUUGUGAGCUGGUUAAGAGACACUGAACGCAAGAUACAGCGAGACAACAGAAUAAAACUGGAAGUGAAUGAUCUAAAGAGUGGACUAGCCUACCUCAAGGCAGUGUCAGCUGAUAUCAGCGGCCAUGAGGAGGGAUACAAUGACUUGUGCAGCAGGUUCAGUACAGUCCUGGAGAUUAAGAGUGGAGGAGAGAGAGAGGAGGACCAAGAGAAACUGGACAAUCUCGUGACAAGGUGGAUCGGACUACAGGUUAUAUCGGAGGAUAUUGAAGUGAUCAGUGAGAUCAUUCCUCAAUUGGAAUCAUUCUACGUCACUCAGAGACAGCUGCUACACAGUGCUACUGAACUACUGGAAGAACUGAAGGGGUUUUCACCCUCUGCUAGUAGCAGUGAGGGGGCAGAGAAAAAGAAGAUGGAACUACAGGCACUGAGUGCUAAGUACUCCCAGCUGGAGGGUCAGUUUGAGGAACUUCUCUCAGCUUCCAGCAGCCUGAGUGAGACCCUGUUUGAUCAGACCAAGUUUGAAAAGGAUGUCAACUCACUGAAGGACAAACUGGGAGAAUGCAGAGCUGCCAGGGACGAGAAAUCAAAAACCUUAAAACACAUUACCAGUAGGCUGAAGGUGCUAGAAGUGUCGGUUGGUGAGUUGGAGAGCUGGUUAGUGACGACUGAAGAGAAGAUGAGCACUCUAGAACAUUCACUGGGAAGAUCAGGUACCAACAUGACUCAACAGCUGAAAGAAAUACAAUCGUUAGAGGAAGAUAUAACGGAUCAUGAGUCUCAGUUAGAUUCCAUUGAUUCCUCCAUACUAUCACUGGCUUCUCAUCUUGAGGAUUCUCAUUCAAAGUGUCUCCAUAGCAACCAUGAGUCCCUCUCCUCCCGUUACCAUCAGCUCUCAUUCUCCGCCCAGGUCUAUCCAAUGGAGGUCUGGCUCUCGGUCCAUUGCUCAGAGCUGCAGCUGAUGACCCGAGCAGCUGUACUGACGGUACCUUUGAGCUCACAGGUCCAGGAGGCAACACGUUUCUUAAACAAGAUUGACGGGUCCCGCCCACGCCUUGAGGAACUUGAGGGGGUGGUGUCGUCAUUGUCUGACCAAUCAGAUUUAAGCUCAGCAAAAGUGAAGAUGGAUCGGAUACAGAAAGACUUUACUACAUUGAGGAGUUUAGCAAGUAGGCGGAGCCUGUUGCUAGGGUCGUUUUUACCGAGAAUCAAACUGUACGAGGGAUCAAUUGAAAACUGGGAGGGGCUACUGGGGAGGUGGGAGGAGUCUAUGAGUAGUUUGACCACACCCACCGCUAACAUGACACUAGUACAAUCACAAAUGGAAUCAAUUAAAUCAAUCCUGGUAUCAAUGUCUGACCAUGAGCCAGAGUUCUCUGCUUUAUUACGAGAGGCAGUCCAGCUGUAUGCUGGUCCUGAGGGAGAGACUGCUCUCCUGGAGGAGGUUAGGGGAUUGACCACGUCAGCUAGCCCCGCCCCUCCUGAUGAUACUAGAGGAGGUCAGGCGGAGCUACAGUGGAGACUUGAUGAAGACAAGAAGAGACUCGAGAAUCUCAAGAGGUCGUUUUCCGAGCGACUCUCUCUCCUCUCCUCUCUCUCUACCAACUUGAAGACAUUCACGGAAUCAGUCGGGGUACUGUUGCCAUGGUUACAGGAGCAGUCCUUUGUGGGGGAGGGGCUUAUUUUGAAAGACCCCGCCCACAGUGUGAUACAGAAACAACUCUCCACCUGCCAGUCUGUCAUGAGUAUGCUGGAGCAGAAGUCCUCCUUGAAACAAGAAGCAGAAAGAAGCUUCUCUUCCAUUUCUUUAUCAUGUCUACCUGAAGACCCUUCCUCUCUCUCCCUCCAUUCUCAACUGGACACUGUACAGGAGCUCUGGUCUAACUUGUCUGACCACUUGACUAGGACCAAGUCUCACUUAGAGGCAGCUGGAAAGCUGGCCAGGUCCUAUGAGAAGGAGAGAGACAGACUCAGUGGGUGGGUGAAGGCCACUCUUAGUGAACUCAAUGAUGUUCAUGGUUUUGUGCCAACUGAACCAAACGCCAUUCAAGACAUCAAGAUCAGGAUUGAUAUUCUAAAGACAGAAUACAAUAACUAUGCUCCAAUGCUGGCCCAAUGUACAGAAGAGGGUCUGGGAUUAUCUGAAUAUGUUCAAGACCCAGCGGAGAAAGAAAAGUUGACGAAAGCUGUACAUGAGCUUCAGUCAGGCUGGGAUAAUGUUGGUCAAUUACUGUCAGACAUUCACCAGAAGCUAACUGAGGCUCUCCUGCAGACUCAGCAGUUCCAGCAGGUGGCUGAUAAUCUUGAGCGCUGGGUGAAUGCUACCCAGGCUUCUCUUAAAGGACUAGAACCACCUGCUGCUCAAGUUAGACUCAUUGACACUCAAAUUGAAGGAUUCAAGCCAAUUUUAGAAGACAUAAAGUCAAACGCUACUGGUCUGGAGCAAGUGAAAGCUAUUGGUAACUCUGUGGUGUCCGACUCAACGACUGAAGAAAGACUCAAAGUAGAGAAGAGACUCCAUGCCCUGGAGACACGUUUCUAUGGACUUGAGAAGACGAGUAAAGGAAGGAUGACUGAACUGCAGGAUGCCCACACUAAGGCUGGUAUAUAUGAGUCUCAUUGCUCUGCUGUGGCUCAGUCUGUUAGUUCUAUUGAAGAGAAGACAGCUGCUCUACCGCCCACUCCAAUUAGGUCACAGCCGUUGACUACACUGUCUCAGGAUAUUAAGGCUAUUAAUCAGUUAUUAAACACCCAUCAUUCACUGGUUGAAGACAUGACCUCGAGCGAAUGUGCUUUAUUUGGAACUGACACGCCCUCUCUUUGUUGCUAUGACGACCUUGAUGAUCUUCACCUUUUGAUAGCGUCCACGUCUCCUCUCCGGCGGGCGGAGUCCCCCCUCCAACCAGGGGAAGAGGAGACGCUGGUCCAUCCUGACUUUGUGAAGCGACCAGGAGCUGUUGAUGCUAUUGAUGUUGGAGCCAAACUGAGACAAAGAUACAAGAAAUUGAAACUGGAGGGAGGAAGGAGAGAAGAAGAGGUAGAGCGACUAUUGGUAACCGUUGGCAACUAUGAGAGUAACCUCUCGCUCUUUUCUGAUUGGCUGGACGAUAUGGUUGCUAAGCAACAAGGAUUAGGGCCACUCCCUUUUACUAGUGAAGGAAUGAAACAGCAAUUGAAGGAAAUUGAAGAGCUACAGUCUCUUGUUGAUUCUAAAGUUGAUUCACUUGAGUCCAUCAAUGCUACCGGUACUUCCCUUGUUGAUGGGUGUCGGGAUGGUCUAUCUCGUGAUUCGGUUAGAGAGAGCCUGUCACUGGUUAAUGGUCGCUGGGGGGACCUGCUAAAGUGGGUGGAGGAGAGGGCUGGGCGGCUGAGGGAGGGGCUCACUGUAGCGGGUAAAUAUGAAAAUAAAGAGAAGGAUCUUGAGUCCUGGCUGACCAGCUGUGAGGAGACACUAUCGGAAGAUAAAGAAGGACAAGAUCUUCAAGAGUCGAUGGAGCUAUUAAUGUCUUUGCAAUCUGAUGUGUCAUCUAAGCAGCCAUUAGUGACAGCUACAGUAUCACUAGGCCAGUCAUUAGACCUGUUCUUAUCCUCCAGUGAUGGAGGGACAGUGGCAGCUGCUCCUUCUGUUCUUAAAUACACUGAACUCCAGCAGCGCUAUGAGGAACUGGGUACCAAACUGAGCGAUAAGUUAAAGACUACGGAAUCAUCUCUUAACAAGGCAGCUGGACUGAAGUCACAGAUAAUGUCACUGUGUGAGCAGUUGAAGUCAAUAAAAAGAACUUUAGAUAAUCAUGAACCACCACGCCUCCUAACCGACCUUAUUCAUCAACAAAUACAGGAAAUUGAGGGUGCUGCAUCACAAUGGUCUUCACUCCAACCAGCUGUUAGUCAAGUUUUAAAAUCACCGGAGGAAUAUUCAAAACAUGGAGAAUUAUCAGUUUUAUCAAAGCAGCUGCAAUCUCUUAAUGAGGACGUUCGUUCGUUGCUUGAUAAUUGGAAGUCACGCCUCCAGGCUACUUUAGAUAAACUACUUCAGUUUGAAUCAGACGCUAAAGAAUACUCCACCUGGUUGGGAGAGACCAGUGAUAAAGUGGGACAGGAAGAACUUGUUAGAGGAACUGUGGGCGGAGUCAAGCUACAGGUUGAAGAAAUGGAGUAUGUUAAUAGCGAUAUUUCACAACACCAACCUUCCUUGCAACAAUUAAUGAAUAGUGGGCGGGGAAUGAUGGGCGGGGCCUCUCCUAACGACUGUAUCCUGAUUGGUGAGAGGCUAGCUCAGGUCCAGUCCAGUGUGGAGGCACUCCAGAGAGCCGCUCUUACUAGAAACAAAUACCUGAAGGAGGGGCUUGCCAAAGCGCAAGAGUUUGAUGAUCUAGUUGAAUCCACUUUGUCCACACUUGAGUCUCGGGCCAGUGACAGCAAAGGGUUGCCUCCUGUGGGGACUGACAUUGAUACUGUAAAGACCCAGCUUGAAGAACUGAAAGAGUUUGAUGAUGAUCUUCAGGAGGUGCGGUCUGCUGUCUCUUCUUGUAACUCAAAGGGUGCCGCCCUAAAGAAGUCCUGUCACCAUGGCGACCACAAGUGGGUGGAGUCUAAACUAGAGGAGCUCAACUCUCAUUGGUCCAAGCUCCAGUCCUCCUGUACUUCAAGACAGCAGGAGUUGGAGAAUGCUUUAUUGCGACUGGGCCAGUUCCAUGAGGCACUGGGUGAGCUACUCUCCUGGUUUGAAGAAGCAGAGAAGGCACUGAGGGGCGGGGAAAUGGGCGGAGUCAAUAUUGAAUCACUGGAAUCACAAAUGAAGGAUCUACAGGUAUUACAGUCGGAGGUUGUUGCUCGUGAACCGACUGUCUCUUCACUGAAUGAAGCAGGUGCUAGACUAAUGGCCACUAGUGCUGAUGAAACAGCUGCUACUGAAAUAAAAGAAGAUAUUGAUAAACUUAAUAACAGGUUUGGUUCUAUAAAGUCAUUGUCAGCUGAUAGACAGCUGGAGCUGUCUACUGCUCUUGAGCGAACACGCCAUUUCCAUGGCAACCUAAAGAGCCUAUCAGAUCGACUUAAAAAGCUUCGGGAGGUUUCUUUGUUGUCAUGGAAACCGUGUGGUCUACCGGAUACUAGUGAAACAGCUCUUAAUGAACACAGGGAGGGUUUCCUAGCUGACGCCAGGGGGUUGAAGGACUCAAUAGAAGAACUGAAGGAGGAGGGGGAGGGGCUUAAGACCCAGUGCAGCACCAGUGACAGGGACCUCAUUGAUCAAUGGAUUAACAGGGUGGAGGAGGAGUGGGAGGAGCUUAGGAAAUCAGGAGAAGAGAAAGAAUUGAAGUUACAAGAGGCGAAAGCUAGAGCUGAUGAAUUUGAUGAUGCUUUUAAAAACCUGUCAGUCCAGUUAGACCAGUUGGAGGAACAGGCUAAAGGUGAUUCUGCAAUCCUUUCUGAAGCAACUGCAGUCAAAAAACAGCUUGAGGAGCAUAAUGAGUUUUUAAAAUCACUUGAUGAAUUUGAAGCUGGUUUAAAGGACGUUGAACUCUCUGGUAAAGAUUUGGUGAAGUCUUGUGUUCAAGAAGACGCUACUGUUAUAAAGGAAAGACUAUCACAGCUCAGGUCAAGAAGUGAUACCAUGCAGUCAAGUGCUCUGAAUUAUUUGUCGAAACUAGAAGAGGCUCUGCUAACACUGGGCGAGUUUGAAGAUGCUUACAUUGAAAUGAUGAACUGGCUGACUAAGAUCAGUGAAGAGUUGAACAAUGGAGACCCACUAAUAGGACACACUGACAGUCUAGCGGUUCAGUUUGACAGCAUCAAAGUGACACAGAGGGAGUUGGAGGCGCGGUCUGUUAAUUACAAGUCAGUCAUUAAAGCUGGGAAGGAGCUCCUUAAGUCAAAGGAAGGAGAUGACAAGUACCUCCUGAAGAGGAAACUAGCUGACCUUGAACAAGAAUGGGCCGGAGUCAAUCAGUCUUGUAAUGGCAGAAUAAAUAGAAUUGAAGAUGCUUUUACAAAAGUCCACAGUCUUGAGUCUCAGAUAAAACCUCUCAGCUCCUGGAUGAAUAAAGUCUAUUCAUCUCUUGAUGAAUCUGAACCCGUCCAUGGAGACAUUGCUACUGUACACGAGCUCAGUGACGCACAUGAGGCGUUUCAGCGAGAGCUGUCCUCGCACCAGAAGAGCAUAGACCACCUGGAGAGUUCUGUGGAGGAACUACGAGCCAGUGAGAGUCUUGACAGCACCUCACCAUUGAGUGAGAGUGUACAGUCACUGGUGGACUAUUGGAGGGAAAUAUGCCAGCUGUCUAUCAAUAGACAAGAGAGACUGGAGCAGGCUAAGAAGGAUGCUAUAGAAUUCAAUCAAUGUCUUCGUGAUUUGUGGGUGUGGCUUGAAGAAAAAUCCUCUGAAUUAGACGAGAUGUCCUUGCCAGCUGACGAAGUUGAAACCUUGCAGACUCAGAUUGAAGAAAUGGAGUCUUUCAAGUACCUCGUGGAUGAGAAGAUCCCGGACUACCAGUCGGUGCUGGAGACUGGCUCAAAGCUCCACUCCAUGUCUCACCCAAGAGCCGAGCCAAUCCUACAAGGACAGCUCCAACAGCUUCAAUUGAAGUGGUCCUCUUUGCAGUCCAAGAUGGCCGCCCGUUCUGAUGUUCUCUCCUCUAAUAUGCUUGAGUUACACGGACUCCAGGACAUGCUGGACCAGCUCCUGGGAUGGGUACAAGAGGCGGACCUUAAAAUGGGCGGAGCUGAAGACAUUCCUCUCGGAGACGACCUGGAGAGCGUUGAACAGCAAUUAGCAGAUCAUGAGUCUUUCCAGGAGGAGAUGGCUGCCUAUCAGCCUAACAUGGAUGCUUUGAAUAAAGUUGCUAAAAGACGCAAAUCUCGUUCCUCUUUGAGCUCCCUCCCUCCCUCCUCUUCCUCCUCUCAGCCUGAUAUGGCUAAAAGGAUCGGUCACCUGUACAAGAAAUGGCAGAGACUUUGGUUGAGGUCUUCGGAGAGACACAGACAGCUUCUGGAGGCAAGGACAAGACUUAAAGACAUUGCGAUGGCUAGGUCCUUCAAUUUUGAUGCCUGGUGCAAGAGGUUCGUUGGUUGGAUUGAUCAGAACAAACUGAGAGUUAGUGACCUCUUCAUUCGGUUUGCUCAUGACGGAGUAUUGACCAGAGAAGAAUUCAUGAAAGGACUCAAGGCAUCAGGGCUACCAAUGAAUCAGAUAGAAAUGGAGAAGAUUGCUGAUGGUUUCGACAGUAACAGAACCGGACUGAUAGAGCUCCCUCAUAUAAUGGCCAUUCUUAAAGGACAGAAACCAAGAGCAAGAUUCACUGCAUCAGCUGGUCCUUCAAGACAACUGAGUGACUCUGAGAAGAUAGACAUGGAGAUUCACGAGCAAGUCACAAAGUGUUGCUGUGCUCAUAAAUUUCAAGUCAUUCGUGUUGGAGAGGGUCAAUAUAGAUUCGGAGACUCUCAGAAGUUGAGAUUAGUGAGGAUACUGAGGAGUACAGUUAUGGUGCGAGUGGGCGGAGGAUGGGAACCUCUUCAUGAGUUUCUAUCAAAGAAUGACCCAUGUAGAAGUACUGGUCGGACUAAUACAGAACUAAGGGAUCUGACCACAGCUGGUCCUGGACUAGCCAAUGCUGAGUUCAGACGUAAGACCCAAACUGCCAUCAACAUUAAGAACGAGGCAUUCAGGAGAGCCUCAGCGAGAGACCCUGAAGCUAUAAGAACUGGUAGAGUACCUCAUGCUGGAAGACAAGAAAUGACAAUAACUAAGAGGGGAUCUGUACAGGUAGCAGGGAAGACUGAUUCUGGCCUCCAUCAGCCUCGUACUUUCAGGAGUUCCAGUGCUGUAUCAGCUAGUAUUAAUCCUAAAAUAAAACCAACAAGAGAACGUACUGAAUCUCCUACUCCAUUGGACACACCUACAAAGACUCAAAGAGGCCCCACCCCUCCAACAGCCACACCUCUCUCCUCAGUACCCAGGAGUUCUCCUUCUCGUAGCUCCGCCUCUUCAAAGAUCCCAUUACCAACAGCUGCUGGAGGGAGUAGGAUACCAGUUAGUAAGAUACCAACACCUUCACGACCAGGUAGUAAAAAACAUUAAUUAUUACUAUUAUUAUUAUUAUUAUUAUUAUUAUUAUUAUUAUUAUUAUUAUUAUUACUAUUAUUAUUAACAUGGUUUUAUGAACUGUGUUUGUAUAAUUUUAAAUUCAUUUUUUGUCCCAUACUAUCGUUCCAUUCUGUUCUGCAUAAUGUCCUCCUUAUUCUAAUUCAUCUCCUGUAUCGAUUACUGUAUCAAUGUCCCUACUUGUUCUUUUUUGUCUAGAUUUGUAUUUCAU